CGCAGUCGCAAGCCGUGAUAGGACAUGGACACGUUCACAAAAUCUCUCUUUCAGAUAGCCAUAGCUGUCGUCGUUGCGGGCCUGGUAUGGUUCUACUUCAAGCCGCGAGAGCGGCCGUUGUUGCGGUCGGUCGCCAUACUCGUUCUCGGUGACAUUGGCCGCAGUCCUCGCAUGAUGUAUCAUGCGGAGAGUUUUGCCACCAACGGGUUCGAAACAUACCUUAUAGGAUAUAGAGGCGCAAAACCUGUCCCGUCUCUCCUUUCACUGCCGCACGUGCAUUUCCUCUAUUUGUCUAAUCCACCGGCGUACCUCUCGGACAUUCCAUUCAUAUUGGCUGCACCGUGCAAAAUAUUCCACCAGGUCAUGAGCAUCAUGGAUACGCUUCUAUACCACAUUCCCCACCCUCCGGAGUUCAUCUUGGUGCAGAAUCCGCCAAGCAUUCCAACCCUUGCUCUCGUGUGGCUUGUGGCAAGGCUGAGAGGAAGUAAGGUCAUUAUCGACUGGCACAAUCUGGGAUACAGUAUCCUCGCGCUGAAACUUGGUGAACGCCACAUUCUAGUGAAAGUUGCAAAGGCGUUUGAAGCGUACUUCGGACGCUCAGCGUAUGCUCACCUAUUCGUCACGCGAGCCAUGCGUGACUUUCUCGUGAAGGAAUGGCACCUACAAGGACACAAGGUAGUACUACAUGACCGGCCACCUGCACGAUUCCACCGCGCCUCGCCCACUGAAACGCACGAACUCUUCCUUCGCUUGCGCCCUUCUCUCGCAGUGCCCACCUUAACGUCUUUCCUUCCACCUAGUAACCCUCCGUACUCCACUCCUUUCACCUCACUAGCAAGUCCUUCAGUCUCUUCCUCAGAGCCCUCUCGUCCCUGUCACGACACCACAGGCUCCCUCAGUCUCGACCCUGAGCCGAUCCUGUCAGACGUAGAUACAGACCCGUUAGCGAUGGACGCAGCGCCUAUGGCAACACUGCGCUCGGAUCGGCCCGCUCUUGUUGUCUCGAGCACUUCGUGGACGCCAGAUGAGGAUUUCGGUAUCUUGAUAGAUGCGUUGGUGAUGUACGAGAAGCGUGCUCGGAUACUCAGUCAGGAGCACGAAGGGAGCGUGGGAUCAACAGAGAAUAACCGGUGCGCGCUGCCGAAAUUGCUCGUGAUCGUAACAGGGAAGGGUCCCCUCCGGGAUACAUACAUGCAGAGGAUCGGGCAGUUGCAGGAUGGGGCAGAAGACGAGAGCCCAUGGCAGUUUGUGCGAUGUGUGACCAUGUGGCUCGAGGCGGAGGAUUACCCAAUUCUGCUCGGAUCGGCUGACCUGGGAGUCUCCCUGCACUCGAGUUCCUCUGCGCUGGACUUGCCGAUGAAGGUUGUCGACAUGUUCGGUUGCGAACUCCCGGUCUGCGCGCUGGGCUUUGCAUGCUUAGAUGAACUCGUGCUGGACGGAGUGAACGGGCUGGUCUUCCACAAUGAUCAGCAGCUCGCCGGACAACUGGAGAGUCUCUUCUCGUUGCAUCCUAAUUCUCCCUCACUUGAAUUACUCCGAGCAUCGCUGAUGCACUCUGCGCCGCUCCCGCCGUCGGACCAUGUGCCAUCGACGUUCAAGGAAGGCCAGGUGGGCGGGAAUGACGGAGAGACAUGGCAAUGGUCGACAUGGGCGCAAAAUUGGAACCGCAUGGUGCGCCCGCUUGUGUUGAGAGAUGUGGGAGGUGAUGAGCUGUGAUCAUGGUAAUCGUCUUGACCUCGGUGUGUACGGUAUUUGACGGUGCGCUCGCCAAAGAAGAUCAUGAUGGAGCUUAGCAUUGGAACAACCGAGUCGCAAAGUGAAGGAGAUAUCCUUUUUAAGCGUAAUCGACCAUCCAAGUAGUACACAGGCUUUCUCUUGCUGGAGAUUGCGUGAACGAUGGUAACCUCAUCUCUGUACUUGCAUGUUGCUAGAAACGUUUUCACAAAUUCCC